CUAACCCACUCAACCCUAACCCUAACCCACUCAACCCUAACCCUAACCUUAACCCCAACCCCAACCCUAACCCUAACCCACUCAACCCUAACCCCAACCCUAACCCCAACCCUAACCCUAACCCUAACCCCAACCACCCUUUCCCCAGCCAACAACCACCGGACUUCUACUCAGACAACACCGUACUCAACCUCUCCACCUUAUUCACACCCACCCCAGCACAACGUCAACUCCUCGAAAAAGGCCUCACCUUCAUCCCCACACCCACAACCCUCGACAGGGGGGAACUUGAAAGGGAUAUACUCAACUAUCACAGACGACUCAAACUACAGGACUAUUUCAAAAACAAAUCAACUACUAAAACCACCCUCACCUACCCCUCCACCUGGACACCCAACUCCUCACAAAUAAACACAAAUAUUCUUCAGUUAAUUAACAGAGACCUAAAUUCCUUAAAUAAACAUAAACCUACCCCAACUCCCCAACCAGAUAACUUAACCCCGGAAGAAAGGAAAGCCCUCCACCAACUCAUCCACCAAAACAACAUCAUAAUCAAACCCGCAGACAAAGGCUCAAAAAUCAUAAUCAUGGACAGACAGCAAUAUCUCCUGGAGGCAAACAGACAACUAUCCAACCAAAAAUACUACCAACCCAUCCCUGAAACAAUCCAGCCCCAAACACAAACAGAAAUCCGACAGAUCAUCCAAUCCCUCUGUGAAAAUAAAUACAUCACCGGUAAACAACGCGACUUCCUCUUCGGCCCGGACACUCCCAGACAACGACACUUUUACCUCCUCCCCAAAAUACAUAAAGACCCUCAGACCUGGACUGUUCCCUUUCAAGUUCCCCCAGGAAGACCCAUCAUCUCAGACUGCUCCAGUGCCACAUACAACCUCUCUCUGUACAUUGAACAAUUUCUCGGUCCACUUUCCACCAAACACCCCAGCUAUAUUAAAGACACCUACCACUUCAUAGAACUCAUCCAGUCCCAAAUACUUCCGUCCUCAGCCUACCUAUUCACCAUCGACAUUGACAGUUUAUAUACUAACAUCAAUACCACCCACGGACUCCAGACUCUCAGGACUUGUUUUGACCGCUUCCCUGACCCCUCCCGCCCUGACAGAGAACUCCUCCAACUCAUCAAAAUAUGCCUCUCCAAUAAUGACUUUUCCUUCAAUAAUAAACAGUACCUGCAGAUCCACGGGACCGCCAUGGGCCAGAGGUUCGCCCCAUCUUAUGCCAACAUCUACAUGAGUGAGUGGGAGAGAGGUGCCUUACAAAAAUGCCCAUUUCAACCCCUUUUCUAUUUCAGAUAUCUAGAUGACAUCAUAGGAGCCUGGACCCAUAGCCUAACACUCUUUCACGAAUUCAUCGACAUCCUCAAUAACCACCAUCCAUCCAUUAAAAUCAAACACACUAUCGCCCAGGACCACAUCAACUUCCUAGACACCACUGUUUUUUUUGACAACCAUAAUAACCCCACAAAACAACCCCUCACUAAAGUUUAUUUCAAACAAACAGACACCCACUCUCUCCUCCAUAAAACCAGCUACCAUCCAAAACACACCUUCAAAGGCAUCAUCAAAUCACAAAUAAUAAGAUUCCACAGAAUAUGCUCAAAAACAUCAGACAGGGACACUGCAAUAAAAACUCUUUUUCACUCAUUACAAACACACAGACAAUACAGCAAGAGAUACCUUCGGACCAUCAAAAACAACACACUAGCGGCCCUCUCUCCCGCCCACUCAUCCACGCCCUCUGGCUCCCAGCCACCAGACUCCAGACUUCACUAUCACAGGCCUGGAGGGAAACAAGAACUGGACCACCAAAACUAGGAAAUAUCAAGAAACAAAGUGGAUCAACCGACUACAAUCAAGAACACCAGGGGGCCUCAACGAGAAAUAAAACCUCUGAGAACUGUUUAUUUUCAGCACCACCCCACAGGGACAGCAACCAAUCCACCAACAUCUCAUCUCCACCCUGCCAUCUCCACUCCAUCACUGCUGCCUGGACUUGCUCACCCCAUAUACUUCAUCUGCUCUCUCCUCUCUUCUCAUCACCCACCUGCUACAAUAAAACCAACUUCUUCUAGAUACUCGGGGACCAGUAGGCCCGUGCAAUAAACGAAACCCCGGAACCGAAGCUCUAACCCUCACACAAACACUAACCCUAACCCUAACCCUAACCCUAACCUAACCCUAACCCUAACCCUAACCCUAACCUAACCCUAACCCUAACCCUAACCCCUAACCCUAACCCUAACCCUAACCCUAACCCCUAACCCUAACCCUAACCCUAACCCCUAACCCUAACCCUAACCCUAACCCUCUAACCCUAACCCUAACCCUAACCCUAACCCUAACCCUAACCUAAACCUAACCCUAACCCUAACCCUAACCCCCUAACCCUAACCCUAACCCUAACCCUAACCCCCUAACCCUAACCCUAACCCUAACCCUAACCCUAACCCUAAACCCUAACCCUAACCUAACCCUAACCCUAACCCUAACCCUAACCCUAAACCCUAACCCUAACCCUAACCCUAACCCUAACUCAAGCUGAAACCCUAACCCUAACCCUAACCCUAACUCUAACAGGAACCCUAACCCUAACCCUAACCCUAACCCUAACUCUAAUAGGAAACCUAACCCUAACCCUAACCCUAACCCUAACUCAAGCUGAAACCCUAACCCUAACCCUAACCCUAACUCAAGCUGAAAACCUAACCCUAACCCUAACCGUAACCCUAACUCUAACAGUAACCCUAACCCUAACCCUAACCCUAACUCUAACAGUAACCCUAACCCUAACCCUAACUCAAGCUGAAACCCUAACCCUAACCCUAACCCUAACUCUAACAAUAACCCUAACCCUAACCCUAACCCUUAACCCUAACCCUAACAGUAACCCUAACCCUAACCCUAACCCUAACAGUAACCCUAACCCUAACCCUAACCAUAACCAUAACCCUAACCCUAACCCUAACCCUUUACACAUAUAUACUAAAUAAUAACAAUUAACUUCUUGUAAAAAAAAUAUAUAUAUAUAUCUAUAUAUAUAUAUAUUUUUUUUUUAAGACAAAAAAUAUAAAAUAAAACAUUGUAUUUUUUCAGAAAAAUAUAUAAUUUUUUUUGUUUUAGUAGUAUAUAUUUUUAUAUAAGAAGUACCCUCAGCCACACCCUAACUCUCACUCCCUAA